AUGAGUUCUCUACGGUUCCUCGACCUGGUCAAGCCGUUCGUGCCGUUCCUCCCCGAGGUUCAGCAGCCGGAGACCAAGGUCCCCUUCAACCAGAAGCUGAUGUGGACGGCCCUCACCCUCCUCAUCUUCCUGGUCAUGAGCCAGAUGCCCUUGUACGGCAUUGUCUCUUCCGACAACUCGGAUCCCCUAUACUGGCUGCGUAUGGUCAUGGCGAGUAACCGUGGAACCCUGAUGGAGCUGGGUAUCACUCCCAUCAUCUCCUCCGGCAUGGUCUUCCAGCUCCUUGCCGGCACCCACAUGAUCGACGUCAACCUCGACCUCAAGAGCGACCGCGAGCUCUACCAGACCGCCCAGAAGCUCUUCGCCUUCAUCCUCUCUGCCGGUACCGCCACUGUCUACGUCUUCACCGGUCUCUACGGCCGCCCCUCUGACCUCGGCGCCGGUAUCGUCUUCCUGCUCAUCCUCCAGCUCUUCGUCGCUGGCAUGAUCGUCAUUCUCCUCGACGAGCUUCUGCAGAAGGGAUACGGCCUUGGCUCUGGUAUCUCCCUGUUCAUCGCCACCAACAUCUGCGAGUCCAUCAUGUGGAAGGCCUUCUCCCCCACCACCAUCAACACCGGCCGUGGCCCUGAGUUCGAGGGUGCCGUCAUUGCCCUCUUCCACCUUCUCCUCACCUGGCCCAACAAGCAGCGCGCUCUCCAGGAGGCCUUCUACCGCCAGAACCUCCCCAAUAUCAUGAACCUCCUGGCCACCAUUGCCGUCUUCGCCGCCGUCAUCUACCUCCAGGGUUUCCGCGUCGAGAUCCCCGUCAAGUCCUCCCGCCAGCGUGGUGCCCGCGGCUCUUACCCUGUCCGCCUGUUCUACACCUCGAACAUGCCCAUCAUGCUGCAGUCCGCUCUGUCCUCCAACAUCUUCCUCAUCAGCCAGAUGCUGUACUCCCGCUUCUCCGACAACCUCCUCGUCCGCCUCUUCGGUGUCUGGGAGGCCAAGGACGGCUCCGCUCAGCUUUCCGCCAUCUCCGGUCUGGCCUACUACAUGUCUCCUCCCUUGAACUUCAAGGACGCUCUCCUCGACCCCAUCCACACUGUCGUCUACAUCGUCUACAUGCUCGGUGCCUGCGCUAUCUUCUCCAAGACCUGGAUUGAGGUUUCUGGCUCCAGCCCCCGCGAUGUCGCCAAGCAGCUCAAGGACCAGGGUCUCGUCAUGGCCGGUCACCGUGACCAGUCCAUGUACAAGGAGCUCAAGCGCAUCAUUCCCACUGCCGCCGCCUUUGGUGGUGCUUGCAUCGGUGCUCUCUCCGUUGCCAGCGACCUCAUGGGUGCCCUCGGCUCCGGCACCGGUACCCUUCUGGCUGUCACCAUCAUUUACGGCUACUUCGAGAUUGCUGCUAAGGAGGGUGACCUGGCCGGUAUGAAGGGCAUGAUUAUGGGAUAA